CGUUACAAAUUAACUACUGCUACGAUUCACACCGGUGUGCCUUCUGCUCUCGCCGACUUUGCCUCAAUUUAAAGUUACCCGUCACUCCAGGUAAUAUUUUCGUCGAACCUACAGCGAAAACCGUCUCAGUUACACUGCCUGUUAUCACUUCGUCGAUCUUCAUUCUCCCUUUAACGCCGCAGCUCUCUUUCUGACCACCGUUGUCGCACGCGGUGUGCAGUGGCGGCCAACGCACUCCGUUGGAGAUAAAAUUGCGAGUUCCGAACUUUCGAUAACACGCUAUCGCUCCUUUACUGCGGUUGCCCUGGGCGACAGCUGUCCGUGCAGCUGCCUCACCGAUCACGCUAGUUUGGAGCCGACGUGGGGAGGUUUUCGACACAAGCAGCAAUGGUGCAGAAAGUGGACAAGCACUCGCUUCACCGCCCGAGCUUGGAAGAAGUUGCCAAAGCAUUGAGCGAUGGUCUGCGGAGCAACUUCGAGCAUGUCCAGGUUGAUGUCGUUGACUGUCCCGACCUACGGCAGAAGCCUUUCAUGCUGGCAUCAGAAGGGAUAUGCGGCCAGCCACGACUUACAGACAUUGGCGGUGUUCCCUACCUGGUUCCCAUUGCGCAGACCGAUAAGAUCUACGACCUCGAGAAGGUGAUGAAGCAGACCGACGUGCCAGACGGAUUUGCCAUCGGAGCCGGGGCCGGGCCGUACCACACUGUGGGCAUCAAUUGCGAGAUGAUGCUCAACAUGAAAUGUGGACAAAAUCCCGAGAACAAGAGUCAUUAUGCCAAGAUUGGAGAGGAUGGGAGCUGCGUGCUGGGAAACCUUUCCGGGCCCUGCUGCGAAUUCUGCCUCAUGGGCAACUUUCUGAUCAGCGAAGGGAAGCAGGGCAAGGUGAUUAAGGUGAGUGCCAAGAAACGCACAGGGCUGGAGAACUUUGUGACGGCCAUGCGUAAUGGCCUUAAGGCCAAGUAUGGCACCGAACCUGUCGGCAUGGGUGGAGCAUUUCUUCUUGCCCAGGGAAAGGCGAAGCUCCACAUUAUGCCCAAGUUCUCCACUGCGCCACUCCUGACGGAUGCGGCGAUGAACCAGUGGCUCAAGUUCUUCGAGAUGAGCGCACCUUUGGUUUGCCUUAGCACCUUUGUGUCCCACGAUCCAGGCUGGGACCUGCGCAUUGAGCACACACACUGCUUCAGCGACCACAAGCAGGGGGGCCACUACCACUACGACACAACGCCGGACGAAGUGGAGUACCUGGGCUACUUCAACGUGGCCGAGUGGCUGUACCGCAUCGACGCCCCCGUUUCCACCCACAAGAUUGGCCGUGACUGAGGUGGACGGGGCGCAGGGGCAGCUAACAUGACGAUUGCCUCGCGCACUGCCUCUUUUGCGUUAGGCUUGCCCAAACUUUGGUCUUCCUCACGGGCGGCAUUCCCGCAGUUUCGAGAGCCACGUUCGAUGCGUGGGCGGGUUGGGACUGCCAAUGUACCGGCUGAAAAGGUGUUUUGGGCACUGCGCCGCUAGGGUCAAUCUUGCCUCGACGACUGCACUACGAUGGUCAAUCCACUCGUCAUAUGGCACUCGCUUUUUAUGGAGUGCGUCGUACGGAGUAAUUUGUGCGCAUACUAGAAGCAGCUGUACAGUCGAGCCCGGUUAUAUCAUGUUCGGGUAUUUCAAAUUAUUGUUUAUAUCAAACGGUCCGAACAUCUCCUUGAAAAUAGCAUGAUUUACUAUAGGAGACGUGUCUUUUUGUAUCCAACUGCCAUGCCGGGGACACUCGAUGUAGUGAACGAAGCCCGGCCGCCCGUUGCUUUUCCCGCAAUCCGAUUGCUCCGGUGGCGAGCAGAUUGCUUGCGUUGCGUGGCUGGGAGACUGCCUAGCCAGCAUACAGGUGGUAAGAGGAAACGCAGCAAAAGAGCAGUUGUAGAAAAAAAGAAACAAUGAACCAUAAAAAAAAAAAAAAAAAUGGAGGAUAACAGAAACGAGGGGAAGGGCACGCGCGUGCGUAGCGAGAGCGGGGAGUGCUUGCUGUCGGAACAGUAGCCUGAGCCCUUUCCCCAAACACUGCUGAUGCUGUGCGACUCCCUAGCCCCAAAGUAAAAUGAGCAAAAAAAAAAUUGAUUUGGUAAGCCGAGUGUGUUGACAACAACGGUUGUGCAAUCACACUUUGAACCCAUUAUCUUUGUUUAUUUUUUUUAUUUUGCUGUUAUGCUUGUUUGCGGUCUCUGCCAACUAUGCUGUACUGUGUUUAGUCGCUCUUGGAUGCUCUAUUUGGCAGGCUUCCGUUUGUCGCUACCUUCGGUAUUAGCAGAGCCGCCAGGAAAUUUCAACUCAAGCUUAAUGUAACAUUCUUUUGUAUAUCAAAUUAUUGAUAUAUCAAACUAUAUUACGAUCCCCUUUAAAUUCAAUAUAUCUGGGUUCGACUGUACUAAGCUGUUUUGUAUGAUAAAUGAAAGUGUGCUUCAAGUUGAGAAUACAAAGCAACGUUUGCAAUGGGGGGCCUUUUCUUAGAUUGAAUUAUAAUAAUGGCGAGAUUCUCGUCUUUGCCGCCUAUUUUUGAUACUUUUGAGCGCGAGCAAAUAGCAGUUACACUGACUUUCCCGUACCCUUUUCUUUCUCAUGUAUUUUAUAACUUUUCGAAAACCACAAAGAUGUUUUUGUUCUGUUCCUAACGUAUUGCGAAGGUAUACUACAAACAUAUCGCAAAAACCAUAAUAACUUUAGCUCAUUGGGGGUUAAAGUUAUGGAGACAAUGUCAAGGGUGGUUGGUGUUUGAAUUGAACAAUUGUUUCAUUGCCUAGGUGCUCAGCUUUGCUCUGGCCACCUGUCCAGGAGGUCGGGGUAUUUCUCAAGACCUGUGAAGUAUCUGAAGUUUUUUUCUUACCGAGAAUGCAGCAUCUGAAAGGCGCACUGCAACAUCUGUUGUUUCUUUUGAAGUUGUAUUAUUUAAGUACAAAGGGCCUCCAGAGGCUGCAUCUUGCUCCUGAUGCAUAGAAAGUUGCAGAAAGUGAUGCAGGGAUAUUUAUUACCUCGGUGUAAUUGGUUUUGUCUGCAAUAUGAGCAUGUGAAGUUAUGACAACCAUAGGGCAAAUGAAAAAAAAGAUAUACCAUAAUAUAGCCGAUUGCGAACACUAUUUCUUUUCGUCAUAAACUAAAAGAUAACUUUUAUGCCAUUUGGCUCUCUUGUAGCUCAUUAUGCAGAAUCCUUUUAUGUUCACUAGUUUGAAUUCUCUGACAUGUUUCAUUUGUAAUGGCAUUUCAUAGGAGCUAGGUUUUUGACAUUAGCUGUAACCUAAUGUUUUAUCAUGUGCUGAGGACAACACUAACUGGCAAACAUGCUCUGGUGAGUGCAAAGACUCCAGUAUGAUGCCAGUUUGAGAGUGAAUUCUGCAUUGAGUGUGGGCUGUCCUUCUCCGGUCAGCUCUGUCGUGAUAAAGAUCUACAGCCCAUUCGUUUCCGGUUCCCUCCGUUGCCUUCAUGUGGGGAUAUCGGAGGUCCGACCUGUUGAAAGGCUGUCAUCUCUAAAUUAUGUGUUUCUAAUGAGUUUUCCAUACAGUCGUAGAAGGAGCUUUGUCGUCAGAAGCCGUCCUCUCGUGUUGUCUCUUGACAAAGCCGGUCAGUGGUAUACAAAGGCUUUUCUUUAUUUUUUCUGGUUUUUUGUUGCAUUUUUGUGCGAGUUAUCGGAUCAAAGAAAGAUUCCGACUCUACCUGCAGUUUGGGGAGUCGGGACACAACGAUAUAUGUGUGCGCUCAAUUUUUUACACAAAUGCCAAUUCGCACCUUGUGAACCAGAAAUCUGGGAGUAGUGUUCUAGAUUGUCGUGCAAGUUUUUAUACGUGCGGUGUUUUUUGUGCAUUCACUACACCAGUUCUUGUGAGGCGUAGUAGUAGGAAAGAAAAUGAACUGGGGCUGAUUUUGAGUGAGAGUCUCAAUCGUUUUUGAACAGACAGAGAAAUGGGGCCAUGUUCCUGUCACGUCAUGCUCUCUACUUGGUGAUCUCGUCAAGGAUACAGGUGUUAAAAAUUAAUACUUUUGAAUAUACUCCUUACCGCUCACAUUUUUUUCUUUAAUUUCCAUCUCAAUAUUGUGGACAUGAAGUAUUAGUAUGACUUUGUUUUAGGUCAUGCUAACCUUUAUAGGGGCCCAGAAGCACGGAGGUGGCAUUGCACUGUGCCUAUAUGUGUAGGUUACUUGGGGACCACAUGUAAUCCAGAUUGCACAGAGUCGUUAGUCACUGCAUCAAACGGCACUCGCUAGCGAGACCGGUGAAGCCGCCGUCUAGACGCCAAUGUUUCACGUUUUGCUUAAAUAUUGUGCAUCUUUUUCAUUUUUUUACACAUUCACUGUUCUAAAGUGAUACCACUGUUGGAAGUGAGGUGUGAGCCUGCAAUAUAUACUACACACUCUAUACUUUGAGUCUUGUUGGGAAGAGGAAUCUGACAAGGCGAGUACAAUGGCGAAUUCUCCUCGAGCUAUCGAAACAAGUGCACUUGUCAAAGUUGAACAUUUUGUGAAAAAAUAAACUGUACUAUAUCUUGUUAAAAAGAAAA